UCUCUCCUCCUCCUCCUCCACCCUCCUCUCUCCUCCUCCUCCUCCACCACCACCUCCGCCGCCGCUUCUUCCCCUCUCUCUCCCUCUCCAAUGUCGAUGAUACCACCCCGUUGUUUGGGAGGCGCCGCCGCAUCGCUCGCCCCCUCCAUCUUCUUCCUCCGCCCCUCACCUCUCUCCUCCACCCUCAAAACCCUAACCCUAACCCUAGCCCUCCCCCUCUUCCAUCACGGCCACCGCUGCUUUCUCCGUAGGCCCUUCUCGAUCUCCGCCCAGCCCACGGCCGCCCUCGCGGCGCAAGAAGAGCAGAAGGUUACGGCCGCUAAGCCGCAAUGGAGAGCUGCGAUAGAUUUCAAAUGGAUUAGGGAUAACAAGGAUGCAGUCGCAGCCAAUAUCAAGAAUAGGAACUCCACUGCUAACCUAGAACUUGUGCUCGAACUCUAUGAGAAGUUCCUUAACGUCCAAAAGGAGGUUGAACGGCUCCGAGCUGAGAGAAACAUCGUUGCAAAUAAGAUGAAAGGGAAACUAGAGCCAUCUAUACGCCAAGCUCUUGUAGAAGAAGGAAAAAGCUUAAAAGAAGGGCUCGUUGCCCUAGAGGAAGACCUUGUUCAACUAACUGAUAAGCUUCAACAGGAAGCUCAGUGUAUACCUAAUUCAAUGCAUCCAGACGUUCCUAUAGGGGGCGAGGAGAGUUCUGUAGUGAGAAAGACGAUAGGUAGUCCAAAGGAGUUUAAUUUUGAGGUCAAAGAUCAUCUUCGCCUGGGGAAGGAACUUGAUUUAUUUGAUUUUGAUGCAGCAGCUGAGGUCAGUGGUUCGAAGUUUUAUUAUUUAAAGAAUGAAGCUGUUUUGUUAGAAAUGGCCCUUAUUAAUUGGGCAAUUGCGGACGUCUCAAAAAGGGGUUUUACACCUCUUAUAACUCCAGAGAUUGUGAGAUCAUCUGUAGUUGAAAAGUGUGGCUUUCAACCCCGAGGCCAAAACACUCAGGUUUAUUCAAUUGAAGAUAGUGACCAAUGCCUUAUUGGAACUGCAGAGAUCCCUGUUGGAGGCAUCCAUAUGGAUUCGAUUCUUCCGGAAUCCUCUUUACCUCUAAAAUAUGUAGCUUAUUCUCACUGUUUUCGCACUGAAGCUGGUGCGGCUGGCACAGCCACUAGGGGCCUCUAUCGAGUUCAUCAAUUUAGUAAGGUCGAGAUGUUCGUCUUCUGCCGGCCAGAGGACAGCAACAUGUACCAUGAAGAACUUAUUUCUAUUGAAGAAGAUCUUUUCUCGUCUCUCGGUCUUCAUUUCAAGGUUUUGGAUAUGGCAUCAGGUGAUUUGGGCGCGCCGGCAUAUAGGAAGUUUGAUGUGGAAGCAUGGAUGCCGGGCCUAGGCCGCUAUGGGGAGAUCUCAAGCGCGUCCAACUGCACUGAUUAUCAAAGCAGGAGAUUGGGAAUCCGAUAUCGCCCAUCUGUUAUGGAUCUCUCGACAACAAAGGCCAAAAAGGGAAAAGGGAGCAGCUCGGCCCCCAUGCAGUUUGUUCACACUUUAAAUGCCACCGCCUGCGCCGUUCCACGCAUGAUAGUAUGCCUUUUGGAGAAUUUCCAGCAAGAGGAUGGAUCUGUAAUAAUUCCCGAGCCACUUCGGCCUUAUAUGGGUGGUCUUCAACUCAUCUCUCCGAAGCACAUGUGAUUCUCCGAUCUUAUGGCAGUUUGUUCCUAAAUUUUCAUCUCCCCCGCUCCGCCCUGUUUUUAUUUAUAGAGAUUUUUGUUGAUGUUAAGCACUAAUAUGAAAGUUGAUUCUUUCUAACACGCAUAAAGUAAAGGGGUUAUUUAUUGGUUUUGUUUCCUUCGUUUUUUUCAAUUCAGUGGAAGAUGGUUAUUUGAGUAUAUAGGUAAGAGGGGAAGAAAAGCCAUUUAAGUGCAUUACUGCAACUGGGAAUAUUUAAAAGUUAUGCUGUUGAUUUC